UCUGUCAACUCCUUUUUAUGUUAACUGAAAUCAACCAAACCAUCAAUCAUCAAUGGAAGAAGAAGACUUGAAUAUUGAAGAUCAACAAACCAAAUCACUUCUUGACACUAAUCAUGAUCACAAGGGUGGUAUGAAAACCAUGCCAUUCAUCAUAGUGAAUGAAGCGUUUGAGAAAGUCGCGAGUUAUGGAUUGUUGCCGAACAUGAUACUCUACCUUACGGAGGUUUAUAACAUGCAAGCAGUAACUGGAGCAACCGUAUUGUACAUCUGGUCAGCGUUUUCGAAUGGGCUCUCACUUUUUGGUGCUUUCGUUUCGGAUUCUUACUUGGGUCCAUUUCGGGUCAUUGCAUUCGGGUCUCUCUCCACCCUUCUUGUACGUAAGUGUCGGGCUCUCAAGGAUUUAAGGCUCGGUGUAAGGAAUGAAUCCGAAGAACAUUCGAUGGAAGCUUAUUACAAUAGUAGACAACUAUCUGAACAUCGGAUUUUCACGAUGAACAAGUCAACGGGAAUUGAGUCGAAGACCAAGGAUUGUACGGGGAUGUGAUCACAUGUUUGAAGUCGUUUGUAAUAUAAUUUUCUUGAUUAUAUAUGAAUGAGAUAAAAGAUUUAAAUUAAGCCGAUUCGAAUGGCUUAUUAACAAGUUGUAUGACUGUUAAGAAAAGAAAUUUUAAGGCUCGUAUUUUCCGCUGCGUCGUUU